AUGGAAAGAAGUAAUUUCUAUCAUAUAACCUCCGACAAGGAAAUAGCCAGAAAUAAUGGGAUAGCUUUAAAAGAUUACGAAAUUAACCCUCAAAAAGCAAGUUCAGGGGCCCAAAAAUUCGAAAUAAAACUUGACAGCCACUCUUCAUUGUUUAAAAAUGCAUUAAGUCAUGACUAUUUUAACCCAAUGAAAAGAAAAUCAUUAGAAGAAAUCUUAAUUGAAGACAAGAGAACUGACCCACCCAAAGAAACUCCAAUUGAAGACAAAAAAACCAAGCUUAAUGCAUUUCUUCCAGAAAUUAUAGAAGAGCAUUCUGUUGGGGAAAAAGAAUCAAUGAUUUCAGAAAGAAUUAAAGAGGCUUCAGCAGAAGAGAACAAAGCAGAAAUAAACGCAGACCCAGUCCAAGUGCCUUCAUUAAUGCAAUGCUUAAUGAGCGGACCAAAAGUGCAGAUCCUGAUGGAAAAGCCAAAAGAACUGACAGCCUGUGACUUUCCUAUUGACGCUGAAGAAAAUUAUAUCCCUCCUGAGGAAAGCGAAAUAAUCAGUGUUUCUUCAAAUGUCUCCUUUAUGCCUCAGAAGUACCAAAAAGGAGUCCAAACUGCUUCAGGGUGCAAUUUAAGCAUUUCUACAUUAGCAAGUAUAAGCAUUGAGUCAUAUUCAACCAAAGGAGAAUCCAAACACGAAAGAGAGCUACUAAACCUGUCAGAAGACAUUUCUUUUGCUACAGUUAUUGAGAAAAACACCCCAGUAGGGAACCAUCCAGAAAUUUCAAGCCUUGUUAACAGCCAGUCUCAAUCAAGAUCAUACACUCCUACUAAUAGUAUUUAUAUAGCUCCUUUUUCACUUGACUCUGCCAUGCUUUAUAAUGGAGCUAAAGAGCCUGCUAGUGAUGAAAAAGAGCUUUUAAGCUUGAUUAGGCAGCUUCAACACGAUAUGGAAAAGCUGAAACAAGACCAAACAGACCAAAAGAUAUAUAGACAAAAAUAUCAAGAAGCAGACAAAGAGAACGAGAGUCUCAGAGCUGAAAUUGAGAACAUAAAAAAGAACAUGGCAGAGAAAAGCGAUUUUAAAAAGCUUGAUGAUUUAUUUGAACAAAAACAAGUUAUUGUUGAAGCAACAAUAGAUAUUCUUCAGCAGCUUAAAGAAGAAAUUGAUUUCAUGAAAAAAGAAAUAAAAGAUAUCAAAGAAACAAUGGUCUUCAAUGAAGGCCAUCUAAAUGCGUCUGAUAAAAAAAUUGAUGAUAUUUUCAAUAGGGUUUCUGAGUGGAAAAAUAGUCAAGAUACCCAUGAAAAUAGCGAAAUCCAUGAAAAAUGUAUGAUGGAAAUUGACAUCCUUAAACAAAGCAGCAAAAGCUUAAGCGAAGAAAUUAAACUUAUUAAGGACUCAAUCACAAAUUCAUUGCCAACUGAAGGAAUAAUACAUGAGCGGAAAGACACGAGGUUUAGUGAACCAAUUUUUCAUGAAGAAUUUUACGAAAAUUUCGAUGAGCUAAAUUAUGAGCAGCCUAUGGAGUUGAUUUCUUGUGGCAAGCCAAAAAUUAAAAAUUCGCUUGUGGCACUUUCUGAUUUACAAGAAAACCGAUUCCUCAUUAAUGAUCUUCAAGAGAAACUUCAAUCGUUAGAGGAACAGAAAAUUGCUCUUGAAAAUGAGUAUUUUCAGCUCCCAGAAAUGAGCCGAAGUAUGAGAACGAAAAAGAGAAAACAGACGCUAGAGCUUGAGCUGUCGAUCAAUUCAAAUAGCAUUUCCUCAGUCAAAGAUAAAAUCAGAAAAUAUAGUCUCCCUUGCAGAUAG